GAAGACUCCAAGACGAGACGAUGAGACGACUCACUCAGCAGUGAGCAAUCAGUCCACAUGAGCGAGGGUUUGGUGCGCCUCCGCCCUCCCUCGCCGGCGCCGGCGCCCCUGCCGGACAACGACGAUCUCCUCCGCGAGAUCCUCCUGCGCCUCCCACCGUGGCCGUCCUCGCACCCGCGUGCCUCCCUUGUCUGCAGGCUCUGGCGCCGCCUCCUCGCCGAACCCCGAUUCCUCCGCCGCUUCCGCGCUUUCCACCACCGGGAACCCCCGCUCCUCGGCUUCUUCAUCAACGACUUCGGCCUUCCCUACUUCACUCCCACGCUGGAUCCGCCCGACCGCAUCCCCACUGCGCGCUUCGCACUGCCACUGAGUCGCGACGAGCACUGGAGCUUCCUCGGCUGCCGCCACGGCCUCGCGCUCCUCCUCAACCGGGCGCGCCUCGAGAUCACCGUGUGGGACCCCGUCACCGGGGACCAGCGCUGCGCGGCCGUUCCACCGGGGUUCAGCAACGAAGACCGUGAGAUUGUUCGCAACGCCGCGCUGCUCUGCGACGACGGCCACGCCGGGUGCCACCGUCCGAGGCCAUUCAAGGUGGUCUUGUUACGCACUGAUGAUGUACUGCUUGAUGCUGACCCUCAGGUGUUCGCCUCCCUCUACGAAUCCAAGACAGGUGUGUGGGGUGACCUCAUCUCAGCAUCGAUCAAGGCUCCGCUUUUUCUUGGCAAGCCUGGUAUCCUGGUUGGAAAUUCGCUUUGCUGGUUGCUUGUGGGUUAUGGGAACAGUGGCAUCCUUAAGUUUGAUAUGGAUAAGCAGAGUCUAGGUGUGAUCGAUACCUCAAUGGGCACACACUCCUUGCAAUUACAGAUCUUGCGGAUGGAGGAUAGCGAGCUCGGCCUUGCCAUUUUGUCAGAUGUCAGCGUCCAACUAUGGGAGAGGGAGGCCAAUUCUGACGGUGUUGCCAGAUGGAUGCUUCAGAAAACCAUCCAACUAGACAGGCUCCUUUCACUGAGGUUGCGGAUGGAGAGAUCACAGCCAGUGAUACAGGGGUAUGAUGAGGAUGGUCAUGUGAUGUUCAUAUCAACAGCUAUUGGAGUCUUCAUGAUCCAACUCAAGUCAAUGCAGUCCAGGAAUCUUUUUGAAAGCAAUAUCAUCACCACCUAUCAUCCCUACACAAGUUUCUAUACUACAGGCAGGGGCAUUGGCAGUGGAGAUGUUGGAGCUCAAACUUUGAACAACACAUGAGAUGUCCGUCCUUAGAUCUGCUAACUUCUUGUGUUAGUUGAACAGGUAUAGCAAAAAUGGGCUUGCCAAAGAACUUUCAGUCAUCAGAACAAAGGAAAGUGAAAAACAAAACGUGAGAGAAAUAAGUAGUUUUAUAUCUCAUUGCAAAAUAAGGUUCCCAAAUGACGGAAAUUUCAUUUGGUAGGGAGAGUCUAUCAAGCAUG